AUGUCAGGAACAACUUCCAUUCGAGAGGCGAUAGCGCGGUUUGAAGAUGCGGAAUACAAACGUCGCACGAUGGAGAUGACAGAAGAGGCAAAAGCUGAAGCCCCGCGUGUUGUCGCCUCGGAGGAGGCUCGUGUUUUGCUAAUUGGAAUGCUACCUCCUAUUGUGAAGAUGGACAAGGACAUUACGACGCUGGUGAAUUGCGAACACCUUGCGCUCUCCACAAAUGCCAUUGAGAAGAUAGGACCUGGGUUGAAAGAGCUCAAGAAACUAAAGGUUCUGUCACUCGGUCGAAAUGCCAUCCGAAAGAUUGAGCAACUAGACAUCCCGCAUCUGGAACAACUGUGGCUCUCUUAUAACAAAAUCGACAAACUCACUGGACUGGAUAAACUAAAGAGCCUUAAGGUGUUAUAUAUGAGUAACAACCUUAUCAGCAGUUGGACGGAGAUUGACAGGUUGGCUAAUCAAUGCCCUGAACUCAUUGAAGUACUUUUUAAAAACAACCCCAUUCACAAUAACGCCCCAUCAGAAAAAGAGUACCGCUGUAUGAUAUUGCAGAGGCUUCCACGGUUGACGAAGCUCGAUGGUGUACCAGUGGAUCCGGAAGAGAAGGAAGAGGCGGAGCGCGGCCGGUAA